CGAAGUCAUAUGAGUUUAUCGUUAUCUCAAAGACAUUCAGUUAAACAAUGAAUAAUAUAUAUAAAGUUAUCGAUUGGUUUUGCAGUCGUUUAGUUGAAGAGUAGUAACACUGUAUAUAACUUAUGAAAUCGACAUUUAUUUUGUAUAAAUGAUUUUACGAUGCAUUUCAUUGAUUUACUGUUAAUAUCAAUACCGUAUUUGGUGGCCUACGGGUGCACCACCACCGCCGAGGGGAGCACCUUGUUCAAUUUAACACUUAUCCAUAACAACGAUAUUCACGCCCACUUCGCUCCGGUCAACGUCUGGAGCAGUCCUUGCGAUGAGAAGUCGCUGCGAGAGGGCAAGUGUUUCGGUGGUGUGGCCAGGAUUAUGGCACAGGCCCAAAGUAUACGCGAAAAACAGCCAAACAAUACCCUAUUCCUGAACGCCGGCGACAGCUUUCAGGGGACGGUCUGGUACUCGCUAUACAAGUGGCGGAUUGUCUCACAUUUUACUAAAUUAUUGAAAUACGAUGUCAUGACUGUCGGGAAUCACGAGUUCGAUGACGGGGUCGACGGUUACGCACCUUUUCUGGAGGCCACCCGACAUACCAUUCCCACCGUUUGCUGUAAUAUUGAUGUGUCCGCAGAGCCCAAACUCGUCGGUAAGAUCAAGAAGUCGAUUGUCGUCGAAGUGGACGGCCGUAAGAUUGGAAUCGUUGGAUAUCUAACGCCUGAGACGACGUUUCUGUCAAACCCGGGAAAUACUAUUAAAUUUAUGGACGAAAUCCAGUGCUUGCGAGAGGAGGUCCGCAAACUGAAGAGCGAUGGCAUCGAUAUAAUCAUCGGUUUGGGUCACUCCGGGUUCGUACGAGACGUGGAGAUCGCCAAAAGUGUGCCCGAAAUCGAUGUGAUAGUCGGCGGACACUCACACACUCUCCUAUACGACGGCCCGAAGCCG